CAACUUUACUUCCUCUGGCAAUGUGAGCAAAAUAUUAAAGAGGAGUGCUAUUCGUCAUUGUGCCUUUUAAAGCAAUCUGACUAAUACAUGUAUUUGUUUGAUCGAUUUUAAGCGUCGGAAGGAACCUGUCGCCUCCCUGUUGCUUUGCUAUAAAGCCGCGAGCGCGAGUCAGUCCUGUCACGGAAGACGCAGUGAAGAACUGUAUUAUAUGUGGAGGAAACUGUCCACGCACAGCUGACAGAACACCGUACAACAUACUCGAACGUUUAGCUUGCGUUUUAUACUUUAAAGUGCUUUGGGAAAAGAAAAGGAAAGUUACUGGGUGCAACAUGAAAUUUCUUUUACCUUCUCUAGUGGUUUUUUUUGUUUUGUGCCAAGUUUUUGGAGAAGAAUUGGGUCCAAAAGAAGACCUUGAUUAUUGGACAGGCAGCAAUCAGAUACAGGAUGAGUGGCUUCAGGCGGAUCCCUUCAGAGAGAUACUAAGACGCAUGACGAGGAAACCCCGACCUCAUCAGUUCAUUGGUCUCAUGGGCAAACGGUCCUCUGCAAAUGCACAGAUUGCACGAAAAAGGCAUAAAAUCAAUUCUUUUGUGGGACUGAUGGGUAAAAGAAGCCAAGAGGAGCCAGAAUCGUAUGAAUGGGGAACAGUACAGAUCUACGACAAAAGGCGUUAAAAGAUCAAAUGGAUCAUCGUCACAUCCGCUUCCUAAAGGAUAAUUUCAUUCUGUGAUAUUCAUUUAUUUUUAUUUUUUAUUCAGGUCAGAAAUAAAAAAAAAAUCUUAUUUUACAUUGUGGUAAUAUGGCCGAGUCACACCUGUGUCGGUUUAUUUACGUCAUUUAGAAAGGAUCAGACGUUUUAAUACGCCGAUCAAACGUGUUUCUGUCACAACAUCUCUCCUGGUGUUGUGGAGCAUUAAAGCAAAUUGGUGUCCUUUCUAAAGUACUCAGAGAUUUGUGCUGACAGUGUCAAUACAUAGUGCCUCAUAGUGUUUUCACCAUGACUGAAGAUGUUGUAUAAUAGCGCCAGUCCAGGUGUGAUGCCCUGUCACUGCUACGAGCAAAGGUUUUGCUAUCUUGAUAUCUCUGUGUGAUUGUAGCUUGAUAUUAAAAAUAUUUUCUUUAUUGGUGGAACUUUUAAUUCCUUGUUGUAUCGUUGAAUGA